CGCACUUGUCACUCUAUAAAAGAACCAAAACUCCGCAAUCUUUAUCACCGACGCAUCUCUCUUCCUCUGCAUUCAUCUCCUCCGCCGGAGCUCGCUUUAGGUUUUCAGUUUCUCGCGGUUAAUUUACAUGGCUGGCCUAUCCGCCGCCGUGACCCCUAAACCAUUCCUUUCGUUACUUUCCCCACACCAUAGACCGAACCCAACGCCGAUUUUCAACCCUUUAGUUCAUCCCCAAAGGAUAGCAGUCGACGUUCGGAGGAAGACAAGUUCGCUGUCCGUUUCCUUUGUGUUGGGAGAACAAAAACACGGUGAACCCCAGGUCGUAAACCGCGGAGAAGAAGGGUCCCAGGAUGUCGGGAACCCGAACAUCGACCCGCGGAUCCUAAUACCCGCCCACGUGGCUGAAAAAUUGGCUAGGAAAAGAUCCGAAAGGUUCACUUACCUUGUCGCUGCUGUCAUGUCUAGUUUCGGUAUCACUUCCAUGGCUGUUCUGGCCGUUUAUUAUAGAUUUUCUUGGCAAAUGGAGGGCGGAGAGGUUCCUCUUUCUGAAAUGUUCGGUACAUUUGCUUUGUCAGUCGGUGCUGCUGUGGGCAUGGAAUUUUGGGCUAGAUGGGCACAUCGAGCGCUCUGGCAUGCGUCGUUGUGGCAUAUGCACGAGUCUCAUCACCGGCCAAGAGAAGGUGCGUUCGAGCUAAACGAUGUAUUCGCCAUUAUCAACGCUGUCCCGGCCAUUGCUCUCCUGUCUUAUGGUUUCUUUAACAAAGGGCUUGUGCCCGGUCUGUGUUUUGGUGCUGGACUUGGGAUUACUGUGUUCGGAAUGGCUUACAUGUUCGUCCACGACGGUCUGGUGCAUAAGAGAUUCCAAGUGGGGCCUAUAGCCAACGUUCCCUACUUCAGGAAGGUUGCCGCGGCUCACCAGCUCCACCAUUCAGAAAAAUUCCAAGGUGUCCCGUAUGGGCUGUUUCUAGGACCCAAGGAAGUCGUCUUUGGUAUUGGGGACAGGAGUUGGAGGAAGUGGGAGGACUUGAAGAACUGGAGAAAGAAAUCAACAGGAGAAUCAAAUCAAGCAAAAGAGUUGAUGAAUCGCAAUAGAAUUAUACUGGGAAAAUGGAAAAUGAUUUUGGUUUUAUCACUCUUUGUUUUCCUACUCGCCGCCGGUGGUGAUCACGUGUAUAAGUAUAAUUUUCUUUACCUUUCUUUUGAUAUGAAAUACCAAAUAUUGUACAUAUGAUUUUUCCCACCACUUCAAUGAAUUCCUAUGAAGUUUGUACAAUCUCUUAUUGA